UCUUGGCAGCCCCCGGGGCGAGAGGCCUGUGGAGCUUCGGGGACGUGGGGAGUGACAUUUCCCGAGCAGCGGAGCCGCAGGCGGGGUAGCCGUCCGCUCCGAGUCCGUCCUCUCCUCCUGCUCCAAGCUGCCCUGCGGUCCUGGAACGGACACUUGAAUCAGCCGUUUUCUGACGGGCUGGCAUUCCGGGAGCAAGAAGGAUGUCGUUGAAGCCAUUUACCUCUCCGUUGCCUGAAACAAGGUUUCUUCGUGCGGGCAGGCUGGUGUACAAGUUUAAAAUCCGGUACGGCAACUUCAACAGCGCUCCUGAUCUCGACAACACUGCAAGUGCUGCCAAGGAGUUAGAGGAAGCGAUUCGAGUCAUCCUUGGAAAUCUUGAUGAUUUACAUCCGUUUUCUACAGACCACUUCACUAUCUUUCCGUAUUUGAGUAAAUGGGAGAGAGUAUCGAAGAUGAGAUUCAAACAUGGGAAGGUCCAUCUUGUGCCUUAUCCCUACAUUUGCACUGUGUAUCUAGAACUCAACUCAUUUCAGCAAAACGUAUCUUGUGGUGAAGAAGUAAACAAGGGCAGCGAUGAGCUUGUCAAGAGAAGAAAGGAAGUGUCAGAAAGUCCUGCAGUGGAAGGAAGGGUGAAGAGGAGAAGAGUGGAAGUCGGAGCAGAGACCUCAUGCCCACAGUCGGGUAUGGACAGAACUGGAGCCGAGUGCGUUCACCAUAGGAGUAAAGCAAAGCCUGGAUUUGAAACGAAUUCCUCCAAAGAAAAGGAGCGUGAGUUUAGUCCAGCAUCCCUUACCGCGGGCUGUAACCAAGUGGGUUUCUGGGGACCUGUGGAAUCUCACCUUGAACAAAGAGCAGCAGCCGGUCAGGCUGAGGGUGCAGUGCAGCUACUGCAGCAAACGGACCAAAUGGUGAACAAAGGAAACGUGGAGUCCGAAGGAAGAGGUCUCUCAAAGUUCUGGAGAAGCAUAAUCUUUUCGCCACUACAGCAUCUUUUUGGUGGAAAGAACUGACCUGGAAGUACUAAUAGUUGUGGAAAGGUAAACUUGGAGCAUGAAGGUCGGGUUGUAUUGCUUCUUUUGUAAUUCAGCCUUUCACAUUGCUUGUCUCAGCUAUUAAAUGCUUUAAAUGAAAUUCCACUUUGUUUACGUUUUCAAAUUAACAUGCUGAAGAUGUUGGGCUAGAAUGUCUUUUUCUUCACAACCUAGAGGUUUUGGAAAAAGAGCAACAAGCUUUAAGAUUUUGAUCCUUGAGUGUCCUAAAUCGGGAAGUUUACAUUUAAAAAUCAUUCAGUGAGAUUCUCAUAAAACAAGCAUCAACUUGGAACCGCGUGUUAUUUUCAUCAGUCUUACCCUGGCAGCAAACACUCUUUCCCUGCAAGAAGAAGUAGAGGUUUCCAGUAGUAGAUGGACUCCUGGACUAUGCUUCACAGCAUUAAAAAGGUCAAAAUUGGUGAAAACAUUUUGGCUUAGAUUUUACCACUACACUACAACUUGUGUAAUUAUUGAUGCCUUCGAUAUGUAGUGGGAUGAGGCUGGGAGUUAAGAUUUCAGACGUGCCUAGGGCGUGCUCAGGCAGCUUUCUGCCAUCGCACUAGUGCAUUUACAAUAAACCAUCAUUCUUCAGCCAUCUCCUGAGCUGAGACACCGUCAGCACGUACGUGCCCAAUGCUAGUCUAACACAUAACGCCGAGUGGCUUUUACUUUACCAGUAGCAACAUGCAGCCCUGUACCUGCGUCUCAGGGGUAACUUGUCUGGCAGAAUGAGACGAUGCUCUAAAUGAGUCAGCUAACGCAACACAGGGUCUGCUUGGCUUGUUUCCACCCUGCUCCACGGAUUAUCCACCCUACGUACCGAUGUAUACAUUACAAGAAGUUAAAGUGGUCUGCUUCAAAUGAGCGUGAUUCACGUCCGCCUCUGCUGGGGAACCUGCCCCUGUCCCACACGAAGGAGCACCGUCAUCCCUGAGGCCAAGCAUCUUCUGGGCAGCCCGGCGCUGGUUCUUCUUCCGCUCAGGCACCGAGGACUAAGCUGUACCUUGUGAGAUCUUCCCUCUCCCCGACCCCUACCAGAGCAGAACACAACACA